GUUCUCAGGAUAUUUUCCAAUUUAUCUCUGAAUGAGCGUUGCCUUUCAGCAUCAUUAGUCUGUAAAUAUUGGCGUGACCUCUGUUUAGAUUUUCAGUUUUGGAAGCAACUGGAUCUCAGUAGUCGCCAACAGGUCACUGACGAACUGUUGGAAAAGAUAGCAUCAAGAAGCCAGAAUAUUACUGAAAUCAAUAUUUCUGAUUGUCGCAAUGUAUCUGAUACAGGAGUACGCAUAUUAGCAAUUAAAUGUCCUGGACUCUUAAAGUAUACUGCCUACAGGUGUAAACAGCUUUCUGACACCUCUAUUAUUGCAGUUGCCUCUCAGUGUCCUCUUCUUCAGAAAGUGCAUGUAGGCAAUCAAGACAGACUCACUGAUGAAGGCCUAAAGCAGCUGGGUUCAAAAUGCAGAGAAUUGAAAGACAUUCAUUUUGGGCAAUGUUACAAGAUCUCAGAUGAAGGAAUGAUCAUUAUAGCUAAAGGCUGUCUGAAGUUGCAAAGAAUAUACAUGCAAGAAAACAAAUUAGUGACCGAUCAGUCAGUGAAAGCUUUUGCUGAACAUUGUCCUGAGCUGCAGUGUGUUGGUUUUAUGGGCUGCUCCGUUACAUCAAAAGGAGUCAUUCACCUCACAAAUCUAAGAAAUCUUUCCAGCUUGGAUCUACGUCACAUCACAGAACUGGACAAUGAAACAGUGAUGGAAAUAGUAAAGAGAUGCAAAAACCUUAAUUCCCUCAAUCUGUGUCUGAACUGGAUCAUUAAUGACAGAUGUGUGGAGGUGAUUGCCAAAGAAGGCCGGAAUUUGAAGGAGCUGUAUUUAGUAUCCUGUAAGAUCACCGACUAUGCUCUUAUAGCCAUUGGACGAUACAGCAUGACAAUAGAGACAGUGGAUGUUGGAUGGUGCAAAGAAAUCACAGACCAUGGAGCCACCCAAAUUGCACAAAGCAGCAAGUCUCUCAGAUACUUAGGGCUGAUGAGAUGCGAUCAGGUGAAUGAAGCCACAGUGGAGCAGCUCGUGCAGCAGUAUCCACAUAUAACCUUCAGUACCGUACUACAGGAUUGCAAGAGGACAUUGGAACGGGCUUAUCAAAUGGGCUGGACACCCAAUAUGUCUACUGCCUCUUAA